AAUCCGGUAGUAUAGGUGAAGUUAUUGGUGCAUUUGAUAUUAAUACAACCGCAAAUACUAUAUAUAAGUAUAAUUUUGAAAAAAAUGGUUCGCCCUCGAUCCUUCAUCAGCGAAACAUAGAAUCAUUACCAUUAGAAUAUUAUGAUUCUUAUAAAGCUGACAUAUGGUUAAUGUCACCACCAUGUCAACCAUAUACACGAACAGGACUGCAUCGAGGAUCAGAAGAUAUUCGUUCCAAAUCAUUUAUUUAUCUAGUUGAUCUAUUGGCGAAAAUGAAUAAUCCUCCAACUUAUAUAUUAAUUGAAAAUGUUAAAGGUUUUGAGGAAUCAGAGACUCGAGCUACUUUAAUAAAGCAAUUAAAGAACUGUCAUUACAAUUAUCAAGAAUUUUUUAUUACACCACUACAAUUGGGAAUUCCUAACUCAAGGCUAAGAUAUUAUAUGCUAGCAAAAAAACAACCACUAGAGUUUAAAAAUUCGGAUAAUUCUAAAAUAUUAAAUCAUAUCCCUUGCUCAUCGUAUGAUCAAGAUUUUGUUGACAUUCGAAACACAAAUGAUUCAAAAUUAAUUGAGGAAAAAAUAAUUGAUUCUAAAUUAAAAAUUUCUCCAAUAGAGAAGUAUUUGAAAAUUAUUGAUGAUGAUCGAUAUUCUAUUCCUAGCAAGGUUUUGCUAAAGUAUGGAAAAUUGUUUGGUAAUUUACGCCUUAUUUCAUUAUUCAAUAUUUAUGGAUAUUGUCAUUAUGUGGAAGGCACGGGAUCUAUUUUGCAAAUGAAUGAAGAAUUAGAUGCAUUUCAAUUAUUUAGGCAACAAUUAUCAAGUAAUGACAUGUUGGCAUCGCUGUCUUUGUUAAGACUUAGAUACUUUACUGAACAAGAAAUCUCUCAAAUAAUGGGAUUUCCAAAAGAAUUUUUAUUCCCCGAUGAAAUUACAUUAAAACAAAGAUAUAGAGUUUUAGGAAAUAGCAUAAACAUUAAUGUUGUUUCAGAAUUAAUUAAAUAUUUAUUGUUUGAUUAA